CCCAGCAUCAUUCUUCGUUUUCGUCUACGAUGAUCAUUAUGACUUCUACAAAACUGCUUUUACUAGUAACCUGCUGCUCCAUCUUAGUCUCACUCCCGCAACCAGCCCUCGCAGCCACUGUCCAAAGCCCGAACUGUCAUAUCCAUGGCGACCCAGACGUCUAUGGCCCUGGCAUCCGCUACGGCUUCUACCUGCAAUGGGCCGCGAUCCUCAUCUUCCAAUUCUUCGUGCCCUCACACGCAGACACCAUACGCCCCGCCUCUGCCAUCACGGUCCUAGCCGUCUACAUCAACACCUUCCGCAACUUCUUCCACGACUCCCUCGUCGCGAUUGACUGGCCAAUGCUCUGGUACCUAACAGCCAUCCUCGUCGUCUGGAACCUCCCAUCCUCGAUGAACGCACUGGCACGCACAGGCGGCUCUCUUUUCGUCGUCAUGAUAAUCCUGUCGGUCUACUACCUAGCAUCUCCCUGGGUCAUCUUCCGCGCGUGGGACUUCGGCAUACAGCACCACUGCGUCGUCAAAUCCUUCUUCUUCGUCCCCAUCAGCAGCACCGCCCAUGGCUGGGGUCACAUUCCUCAAAGUUGGCUGGAGCUUGGGCGUCGUCAUCGGCGUGGUGUUGGUCUUGGUCGGCAUCUCGGCGCUGUCGAUGUGGGCGACGUCGUGGGACAAGGACUUUGCUAG